UAGCAGUUUUGUCAUAUUUGUUUUUGUCAGUUGAUUGAAACAAAGCUCAUCUUGAUCAUGUCUGGAAGAGGUAAAGGCGGUAAAGGACUCGGGAAAGGAGGCGCUAAGCGUCAUCGUAAAGUUUUGCGAGAUAACAUCCAGGGAAUCACCAAACCCGCCAUUCGUCGUCUCGCUCGCCGCGGCGGAGUCAAGCGCAUCUCCGGUCUGAUCUACGAGGAGACCCGCGGGGUGCUGAAGGUGUUCCUGGAGAACGUGAUCCGCGACGCCGUUACCUACACCGAGCACGCCAAGAGAAAGACCGUCACCGCUAUGGACGUUGUGUACGCGCUCAAACGACAGGGACGCACCUUGUACGGCUUCGGAGGAUAAACGUCUUCAAAUCAGAAGAACAAACCCAACGGCUCUUUUAAGAGCCACCCACACUCUCACAAAAAGGGAUAAUCUUGCUGCUUCAUGCUCUACAUGGGAGCUAAUGAUAUGUUAUUUACUAAACCUUUCACAAAUAAGUAGAUUACUGUUGGUUUUAGAUGAUAAAUGUUUUAGCGAUGCGGAAUUAUGUUACAGGAUUGUUAUUUUAAUGAUGCUUUAAAGCAGUGCAUUUAUGUUUUCAUUAAAAUAAAAAGGAAAAAUAUUAUAGCGUAAAA